UCUUCCUCUUCACCUCCGCCUUGUUCCUGUACUCCCCACACGGACUGAGACUAAUUUGGUUAAAGCACCAGAGUGUAAUGGCCCUCAGAGCAGGGCUGGUCCUGGGGUUCCACAGCCUGAUGACCCUCCUGAGCCCGCAGGAGGCAGGGGCCACCAAGGCUGACCACAUGGGCUCCUACGGACCCGCCUUCUACCAGUCUUACGGUGCCUCGGGCCAGUUCACCCAUGAAUUUGAUGGGGAACAGCUGUUCUCUGUGGACCUGAAGAAAAGUGAGGCUGUGUGGCGUCUGCCUGAGUUUGGCGACUUUGCCCGCUUUGACCCGCAGGGUGGGCUGGCCAGCAUCGCCGCGAUCAAAGCCCACCUGGACAUCCUGGUGGAGCGCUCCAACCGCACCAGAGCCAUCAACGUGCCUCCACGGGUGACCGUGUUCCCCAAGUCUCGGGUGGAGCUGGGCCAGCCCAACAUCCUCAUCUGCGUCGUGGACAACAUCUUCCCGCCUGUGAUCAAUAUCACCUGGCUGCGCAACGGCCAAGCUGUCACUGAGGGAGUGGCCCAGACCAGCUUCUAUUCCCAGCCUGACCAUUUGUUCCGCAAGUUCCACUACCUGCCCUUCGUGCCCUCAGCCGAGGACGUCUAUGACUGCCAGGUGGAGCACUGGGGCCUGGAUGCGCCACUCCUCAGGCAUUGGGGUACGGAGCCCCCUCCCCACGCACCCUCCUGGCCCCAGGUUUCCUUUACUCUAGAUUCCUUCCCUAUACCACCAAUUCCUUCCUUUCUCUCCCAGAGCUCCAGGUGCCUAUUCCACCACCAGAUGCCAUGGAGACCCUGGUCUGUGCCCUGGGCCUGGCCAUCGGCCUGGUGGGCUUCCUCGUGGGCACCAUCCUCAUCAUCAUGGGCACAUAUGUGUCCAGUGCCCCCAGGUAAUGAUCCUUCUGAGAGAAAUGACUUGUGGGAGACACCCUGCAGAUGCUCGUGGAUUUGUGAUAGCUCCUGCGUGCUCAGUGCCCUUUAAGUGCAUCCUGCUGUGCUGACCUUGAGUGGGAUCAACCUCUGUCCUACAGGUCCCCUCUUUUUUGGCCCCAGUACUCAUGGCAGGGUUUGUGGGACACCUACUAGCUUCCCUUCCCUUUCAACACACACGCACAUUCUUGCCCUACCCAAAGCUCUGGCUGGCAGCACCAAAUGCUUUGGUGGUGUUUGCACUGUGUCCUUUUUAGGCCUUGGCCAGUUCUCCCAGGGUUGAGGCAUGUGGUGCUGCGGAUUGGCAGCAGUCCUGGGGCCCGCACGGGUGUGUCUUGCUCCAUUUGUCCCAUUGUGUGUUACUUUGUGAAUGAGCCGUUUCACAUGGACUUCAUGAAAUUUGCCUCCUGAGUUCAGUUUUGCCCUGAAAGGGAUGCAGAUUAUCCUGUUCCUCACGACCCCCUCAGCUAACAACCCCCUCAGCACUGGGACAGGACAGGCUCAUGGGGACUCCACUCCUGCCUGGGUUUACUCUGUAUGAAGAGACCAUUGGUGUCCUGCCAUGAUGUCAUCUCCUUUUUCUACUUUCCCUAGAGUCCCAUGCAUGACAAAGAGAGGCCCAAGGCUUGGAUAAGGUGGCCACUUCCCUCAGUGGGUCAAUCAUGUUAGGUAGGAGGUGGUAGAGUCAGUGUGCAAGGUAUCUGGUAAGAGGGGCGGUCCACCUAGACAUUCUCUAAAUAUGUGGCCUAGAAGAUUUUAGUCUAAUUUUCUGUGAACAAAAUUUAAAACAUACAAAGAGAUAAGUCACCAUACCACGUAGUUUAUGUCAAGACCAAAAUGAGCAGUACAGAUUACGGUUUUCAAACCAGAAUGCACAUAAGAACUGCUUGGGAUCCUUUUAAAAGUACAGGCAUUGGCCUGGUGCAGUGGCUCACUCCUGUAAUCCCAGCACUUUGGGAGGCCAAGGGGACAGGAUCGCUUGAGGCCAGGAGUUGGAAACCAUCCUGGGCUACACAGAGAGACCCCAUCUCUAAAAAGAAAGAUUUAAAAAUUAACCAGGCAUGGUGGCUCACACCUGUAUUCCCAACCACCCGGGAGGCUGAGGCUGGAGGAGUGCUUGAGCCCAGGAGUUCAAGGCUGCAGUGAGCCGAUAUCGCACCACUGCACUCCAGCCUAGGUGACACAGUGAGACCCUGUCUCUAAAUAAAUAAAUAAAAUAUAAAAAUAACAGGCAUCACCCAGACCUACUGAAUUAGAAUCUCGGGGGUGCAAGGGACAGCAACAGGGAGGCUGUCUUUUUUGAGGCAGGGUCUUGCUGUCACCAGGCUGGAGUGCCAUGGCAUGAUCUCGGCUCACUACAACCUCAGCCUCCCGAGUUCAAGCAAUUCUCCUGCCUCAGCCUCCUGAGUAGCUGGGACUACAGGUGCACGCCACCAUGCCCAGCUAAUUUUUGUAUUUUAAGUAGAGACGUGGUUUCACCAUGUUGGCCAGGAUGGUCUCCAUCUCCUGACCUCGUGAUCCACCCUCCCUGACCUCCCAAAGUGCUGGAAUUACAGGCAUGAGCCACCGCGCCUGGCCGAAGCUGUCAUUUUUAACAGGCUCUGGAUGACUCUGAUGCAGCCAUCCUGGACCUAGGCUGCAGUCUGGUCACUGGGACACAGUGACAUAAUCAGGUGCCAUGGGGGGUCAUGGGAAAGGGGGAUCCCUAAGGUCUGAGGUGGACCAGGAAGGCUUUCUGAAGAACCUGGAUCUGUUAGGGCAUCAAAGCCAAUCAAGGUAUAAGUAAAUAGGGACAAAAUGAGGGUUUGAACUGUGAGCAGUUGGUCCUGGAAAAGAAAGAAACCGAGAGAUUAUGGGGACUCAAUGGGCUUCUUAAGAGAGAAUAAGCUGAAAUCAAUGACUAGCAGACCCUGACGGAAGUGGAGGAGAAUCAUCUCAGGCAAACUUUUUGUGUGCCAGUAACAGAAACCCUCUUCGUGUGAUCACAUGCAAAGUAUAGGAUGUUUGCAAUAUAGCCAUGGGGAGGAGUGCAGGGCCCAAGGGUAGAUUCUAGCCAGGCCUGCCAGGAACAGAACUGGGAUCCGAAAAGCCCGGAGAAGCUAGAGCUGCCCCUCUAACACUCUCGGAUCCACAUGGUCUGUGUUCUCUAGACCCCCCUGCAUGUUAGCGGUGUUCUCUCUCUGUGGACUGACUGUCCUUUUCAGUGAACAUGUCCACCCGAAAGCUCCUGAGUUUAUAUCAUCUCAGCCCUCACAACCCACAAAGGCUGUGUCUCCUAGUCACAGCUUUAAAUUACUGGAAAAAUAAAUGACCGGCCAAACGUGGAGCAGGUGUCUAUCCCAGCCCUGUGUAGUUAGAACAGGAGACAAGAUCCCACACAAAUGUGGCUGCCAAGCACCCAGCCCCGGGGCAAGGGGUCAAGCUCUUGUCAGAGAAAGAGGAAUAAGUUGGUUCUCAGAAGGCACCACAAGAUACGUGUGUUCCCAACAAUCUCUGAUCUCUGCUGAUCUUUUGCUUAGCAGUUAACUUGAUGCAUCAUUGGGAAGGUGUUUCUCUCAUCUCCAUCCUAAGGCUUAAUAAAGUCAUUAAAAUUGUGUUCUUUUGACCAAAGAAA